AUGGCCGAAGACAACUUGAAGAUGGAAGUAGAGGAAGGAGAAAACCCAUCAGUUUCAGCUAAGGAUAAGAAGAGAUUUGAAGUUAAAAAGUGGAGUGCGGUAGCGCUUUGGGCAUGGGACAUUCAAGUGGAUAACUGUGCAAUCUGUCGUAAUCAUAUCAUGGAUUUAUGUAUAGAAUGUCAAGCUAAUCAGGGCAAUCAGAGCACGGGUCAAAAAGAAGAAUGCACGGUAGCCUGGGGAAACUGCAAUCAUGCAUUCCAUUUCCACUGUAUUUCUCGUUGGCUUAAAACUCGUCAGGUUUGUCCUCUGGAUAAUAGAGAGUGGGAGUUCCAGAAAUAUGGUCACUAA